GAAUCAUACUAUAUAAUUAUAAUAAUAAUUAUUAUCCAGUCUCCAUCUGCUACAGUCUAUUGCAGCUGCUGCAUCGCCUUGCCAGCGAGCUAAACCUGAUGUGGCGAUUGCCGACGCCUGCGAACAACAGAGGCAACUUCUGCAUUUCGCCUCCGUCCUUUCUCCCUGCAUGCGUCUCUUCGUCCAACAAGUCAACGUCGACUGGGGAAUGAUAAAUUCUUCUUCCAGUUUCAUCUUCUCCUCCUCCCCUCCCUCUCCCCUCCGCCGUCCCGUGCGCUUCCCUUCGCCUCCCCGCUGUCACUAUGGGCAUCUUCAAGCGCAAGGAUUCCAGGAACUCCAUCCACAGCGACAAGGACGAGCACGACUCCUUCGUCUCCAUGAGCAGUGCGCGAAUCUCCAGUGCGUCGCUGAGAUCCCCCGGCUUCAGAGGGAGCACAGGCCGUCCCGCUUCCAUCCCUGAACUGCCCAUCUCAAGACCGCCCGACCCGGCGCUGGACCCCGCAGCGUACCUGCGCAGCAUCCAUGCCGUUCGUGAACGGUCCGGGAUUGUCCUGGACAAGGCCAAGAAGAAUCAACUGAACCACUUCGAUGUGGACAUGUCCAAAUUCAAGGACACCGCAUCCUACGUGGUGUCCAUCAUUAAGAGAGACUAUGCCCCCGACUACGAAUCCAUCCCCCCUCAUGGGCGAUGGCAGCAUUUCGAUGUGGGCGGUCGCCCGCGCAUUGAUCAAUUGCUUCACUCCUGGCCGAGCACAAUCGACGCUCAAGAACGUACCCGACGUCUCAUCGAUCUGUUCCUCGUUUCUGUCUUGCUAGAUGCCGGCGCUGGAAACAAGUGGACCUACCGGUCCAAGGAGUCCAACAAGUACUUUUCGAGGAGCGAGGGGCUCGCCGUCGCCAGCUUGGAGAUGUUCAAGAGCGGCUAUUUCAGCAGCGAUCCGAUUGAGCCCUGCCAGGUCGAUGGUGCUGGCCUCAAAACGAUCACAGUGGAGAAGCUAGCCAGGGGGCUGCAGCAUUCCGAUGAGAACCCGCUAGAGGGUCUGGAAGGGCGCGCAGGCCUGUUGGCAAGACUUUCAGAGGCUUUGAACAACCAGGAAUUUUUCGGUGUAGAUGCCAGGCCUGGCAACAUGCUCGACUACCUCCUCUCGCACCCGGCAACGCUUGCCUCGUCCGUUCCCAUUGUCCCUAUAACCACGCUGUGGUCUGUUCUGUCGGAUGGAUUAUCCUCAAUCUGGCCGCCUUCUAGGACACAGAUUGACGGAACAUCACUUGGAGAUGCCUGGGUCUGCUCUGACUUACCCAAAUCGCCCCCGGCGCAAGAAUGGGAGAGCAUUAUCCCAUUCCACAAGCUCACCCAGUGGUUGUGCUACUCAAUAAUGGUCCCAAUGUCGAGAUUGAUGCAUAUAUACUUCUCGGGUAGUGAGCUGAUGACAGGUCUCCCCGAAUACCGGAACGGUGGCCUGCUCAUCGACAUGGGAUUGUUGACUCUCAAGGAACCCGAGAUGCAGCGCGGCAUAGAAGCAUACAAGCAAAACUCCCAAAUCAAAGGGCAACCAAGCGUGGAGGUGGUCCCGCUCUUUUCGGUUGACGAUGACGUGAUUAUCGAGUGGAGAGCCGUGACGGUUGGGUUCUUGGACGAUCUUCUCGAGGAGGUCAAUUUUCAACUGGGAUUAAAACCCGAUGAGCAACUGACUCUUGCGCAAAUGCUAGAAGCUGGUACAUGGAAGGGCGGUCGUGAGUUGGCAGCUGUUUCAAGGCCAAAUACCAAGGAACCCCCGAUUAUGAUACGCUCUGAUGGCACGGUCUUUUAAUGUUGCAUCUACUGGCAAUGUUUGAUUAGCAGAAUUCACAGGCUUCAAGCUCUUUAUACUCUAUUUCGGCUGGCGCUGGUCUUUAUGACGUGUUGACGACUAUUCGAUUUCUAUACCUCCUUUCUUCUAACAUUCCUUUCCUCAGUCAGUUUAAUUAUAUGUACUUUGCCAUGUACAACAUAUUCAUGCUGCCACUUUCUCACUGCAUCUCUCAAGAGAAGAGAAGACUGGGAUAGGGAAAAGGAAUGUUGACGGUGUUGUGUAAUAGGAUAAGAUAACCAAGGAUAAGAAAUACACCAGCCAUUAAUCUUUAUCAAAG